UACUAACAAACGGUACGAAAUUGUAUUACAUUACUUUUAAAGCACGUGAAAAGAAUUUCGGAAAUUUCCGUAUUUUUUUGACCAAUUAGAAAUAUAUAAAAAACGUGAUGUAGUUUACACGAAGUUACAGUAGAUUAUCUCAUUAAAUCGUGAAUGAUUACUUAGUUGUUUAUUUUAACACGUUGUUUCUGAUUCUUUUAUACAUCAUCAACAUUUUUCACGAAGUUUAAUAACUGUACUUUUUUUUACAUCGUCUUGAAAAAAAUUUUUUAUUUUCUCUUCUUUUGUGUAAGUUCUCGAAUAAAACUCCUCCUCUUUAUUACACCUCGUCUUACCUUGUCCAUCUUUGUUUCUCUUUACUUAGUAGGCGAACAAUAUGAGUAAUACACGAGGAUCUAUUAAAAAGUCAAAUUCACGUUCAAGCUCUGAGAGCUCGAAUAACUCUAAUUUUGAUGAGCAAUACAGAGACGCGUCGCCAAUCAGCACAACAACGACAGACUCAUCAGAUGAUGAUAAUGGAACCGCACGCGAUACUACGCCGACCACACCCACUACACCCACUAAAUGUUCUCCAUUCAAAGCAAACAAAGAAUUAUCGCUGGUAUCACAAAUUCUAAUAACAUCACCUCAUUUUCCGCUACCCUCACUACCCUCAGUAGCUGUAUCUAAAUCAACCUCACAACGAACAGCUUCUGACAAUAUAGAAGAUUUUAAUCAUUUUCGUAAAAUGAAAAAGCGUAUCUAUUGGACAUCUUUGGAAUUAGAAGCUUUGGAGAACGGUAUGAAAGAGUUCGGCACUCAAUGGGCUAGAAUUUUGAGGUCGUAUGGUGGAGAUCAUGGUCCUUUAAGAAACCGAAAUGCCGUUCAGCUAAAGGAUAAAGCGAGAAAUGAGAAACUAAGAAGAAUUAAGUCUAGACUAGAUUUGGGUAUAUUCCAUAUGGCGACCGGUGGUGGUGAAGAUAUUACGGAAGACGAAUUGGUGGAAGAUUCAAAUCUUUAGAUCUUCUUUAUCUUACUGUGAUUGAAUAUUUGUUUUUUUUUAAGACUUGUAUUUUUUAUAAAUUUUAAAUUUUAUUGUCUUUAUCGGGCAAUUUUUUUAUAUAGGCUAGUUUUUUUGCACUAAUAUGAAAUUUUUUGAAAAAAUUUUGGUUGGUUAGAGUUAGAAAAUAGCGUAUCCAAAAAACAACAUUUCUUUUUAAUUGUCAUGUUUGAAUUCUUUUCUCUAAAAAUCAAGUUAUUCGCAAUAAAAGUUCUUAUUCGAAUUAUGAAUGAAUAUAUUUGGUCCGGAUUACUUACAAUUUAGUUAUGAUGAUAAACGAAUUUUUCCUAAGA